AUUCCAUCACUAAGAACAGCUGUUGCUUCAAGCACGCGUCUCGAACAUAGUUAACUUUUUGUUUUGUUUAUUAACAGCGGUUAAUAAACAUUUAUAUAUAUUAAAACACGUAUUCUUUUUCUUCAAAUAAACACAAAUGAAGAAAUGAGUGCAAAAACGCAGCGAAUACAAGGCGAAUCCCUGGACAAAAGAAAACUAAGCUCGGAUAAUGUUGCCAGUUUGAACGAGAUUACAGAAAAUAAUACCUCAAAUAUCUCUGCUAUAAUGACCCAAAAUAUAGAAGUGUUCAUCAAGACGAACUUUAUCAAGAAAAAUGGGAACACAGAAGACUCUAUAUUACUCGAGCAAUCGGAGCCAGAUAUUAAACUGGAGCCGUUCGUGGUAAAAACAGAAUAUCCGACUAUGGAAGGCAUUGAUAUUGGGCCCGCAAACAUAGAACCGCAAGAGAACAGCGGGACAAUGGUGAAAAUGCAUAGUGAAGAAUCCUCUUGGAGCAAAUAUUUUUCAGAAUUUGCAACUUACCUUCCUGAGGAGCACGCUAAACGAAAAUUUUUGAUACAAUUUCUUGAGGCCUAUCGCGCUUCGCCCGGCUUGUGGGAUAUUAACUCAGAAGAUUUCCGUGAUCCCAAUAAAAGAGAAGUUCAAUGCGCAAACCUGUUGACCAAGUAUCGGGAAUACUAUCCUGAUGGCGACAGGAAAGAAAUGCAAAAGAAAAUCAAUGGGUAUAGGUCCCACUACAAUAAAGAGCUGCGAAAGAUUGAUUAUUUGAACAAUGGCCACAUUGGCUCGGGCAAAAAGUACGUUUCGAAUCUGUGGUACUUUGAUUUAUUUAGCAGCAUGUGCGGAAACAAGGAAUCUCUGGACCCAAUUAAUAAGGUUAUUCCCUCAACUAACAGGAAGGCAUCAUUUGCUGAAAUAAGAAGGCUAAGGGCAAAGCGGCGCAGGGAUGCUUUAAAAAGGGACCCCAUAAAGUUAGCGGUUUACCGUGAAAAAGCUAAAGAGAGAGCACGAAUAUAUCGUGCGAGGCUAUUGUCCAACGAUAAAGAACAAAUCUUGGAAAAAAAUCGUAUUAGGCAAAGAAUAUAUCGAGACAGAAAGAAAAAUGAAACCCAAAUAGAAGAGAGCUGCGAGCCCUAUGCAUGCAAAAACACAUUAGGAAAAGCAGUAGCAAAAGUAGAAAGAGCAUUGCCAAAGGACUUGGAUAAUAGAAUAGAAGUGAUCAACGCUUUGUAUGAGAAAUAUGGGAAUUCUACAACAUAAAAUAAUAUUAAUGUUUUACAUAUAUAAGUAUUAUGAAAUUAAUAUAAGUAAAUGUACAUUUAAUAAAAACCUACAAGUAUUAUACA